ACUUAGAAUGUUUUGACUGGUAGCAUUGCUUGUUUACAAAAUAUAAGCAACUUUUAACACAUUCGAUUCAACUCUCUACUUUCUUCUAGCGUAGCAAAAAUGGCGUUGAAUGUUGUGGUUAAGGUUCAUCCAGUCGUGUUAUUUCAAAUUGUUGAUGCGUACGAGAGAAGGAAUGCUGAUGCCCAUCGAGUUAUUGGAACGCUGUUGGGUACUGUCGAGAAAGGUGUUGUCGAAGUAACAAAUUGUUUUUGUGUGCCACACAAGGAGUAUGAAGACCAGGUGGAAGCGGAGCUGAACUACGCCAUGGACCUGUUCGACCUGAACAGGCGCGUCAACAUCCAGGAGGCCAUCGUGGGCUGGUGGGCGACCGGCAACGAGGUGACGAGCCACUCGUCCGUGAUCCACGAGUACUACGCGCGCGAGUGCAACAACCCCAUCCACCUGACCCUGGACACCACGCUGCAGGGAGCCCGCAUGGGCAUCAAGGCCUACCUCAAUGUUCCCAUUGGUGUGCCGGGAGGAAAGUCAGGAUGUAUGUUCACACCUGUGAAUGUUGAAAUACUUUGCUAUGAGCCAGAGGUUGUUGGUGUGCAGCUGUGCCAGAAGACGAUGGGCGUGGCCAAGAAGACGGUGGAGCCCAUGAUGGACCUGGCGCAGGUGGCGGAGGCCUCUGAGAAGUUGGCAGGCCUGCUGGAGGGCGUGUUGGCGUAUGUGGAAGACGUGCUCGGCGGCCGCUCGCAGCCCGACAACGCCGUGGGCCGCGCCCUGCUAGACAUGGUCAACAGCGUGCCCAAGAUGAGCUCCGAGGAGUUCGACAAGAUGUUCAACUCCAACGUCAAGGAUCUCCUGAUGGUUAUAACGUUGUCGCAGCUGACCAAGACCCAACUUCAGCUGAAUGAAAAAUUGACUCUUCUAACAACACUGUGAACUUUGAUUGCAAGGACUUUGUGGCAGUUGGCUGUUUUGUGAAUACAAUCUUGCUAUGAAAAUACAUUUUUUAUAGCUUUGUGUUGUACUGAGUGGAAGAGUUGAUAUUAAAAGAAUUUGAAAAGUAA